AUGGCUCCGGCUGCGCUAAGAAAGCAUCGGAAAAGAAGCUACGUGUCAGACUCUGAUUCGUCAGGAUCAGACUACCUCUCCAAAAGCGAGGAAUCGGACGCCGUUUCCGACGAUGCAGUCGAAGAGGAGGAAGAAGCUCCCAAACAACUGAAAAGCAGGAAAAAAGCGCGUGCGGCAGUGGCGCCAACCCGCACAAUUGAUUCAGAACCAUCGGAAGACGUUCACUUGUUCAGAGCGCUCUCUCACGAUGGAGUUGCAGUGACAGAUUUGGCACUUGAUUGGGUGGAAAAGAUGGAAGAUGCACCAGAGAACGUCUCGGUCGAGGCGCUCGCUGAGAUGUUCAAUUUGAUCCUCCGGUGCUGUGGAUGCGUGCACUUGGCACAGCCGCAUGAUUUGGCUUCGUAUGACUCUGCCGCUGCCACUGUGGCCGAGGUUGGCCACUUCUUCAAGCGCCAGAAGUCUCACGAAUAUCCGUUUGUAUCUAAAAGUAAAAACACAAAACAUUUCCGCCGCAACGUGACGGAGUUUUUUGUGAACAUCAUUGAUCUCUCGCACGAAAAGGGCCUUUUGUUCAAGGAUACUGCUUCCUCGGACGACUCUUCGAUGUCUUCGCCUAUGAUUAAUGCCAUCCUUGCGUGGCUUUUCGCAUUCAGCAGCUCUGAAUACCGACCAUUUCGGUACGUUUCGGUCUGCUUGCUCUAUUCGGUGCAAGAGCAAUUGUGUAGACUUGCCGCUUCUCUGACCUUGACGGUAGAGAAACAGCAGCGCCAGCUCGCAGGCGCACAGAACGGCACAAGCGUGCGCAACAGAACAGCAAACCAGCGUAAAAUUGAUCUCAUCUCGAACAACAUCGCCAUCUCGAAAAGACAGAGAGAGGCCAUUCUCGAAAACUUGGGAGAUAUCUCCCAAAAUGUCUUUAACAGCAGAUAUAGAGAUAUUGACAGUUCCAUACGAGUUGAGAGCUUGAAGGCAUUGGCUCUGUGGGCGGCUGCUUAUCCUGAUAUGUUUUUGCAAGCGAAUUACCUCCGCUACUUCGGUUGGAUGCUCUCAGAUCCUGUAGAUCAGGUGAAAAGAGAAGCACUCAAAGCGCUUCAAAAAUUGUACAAGAAUGUCAGUACAAAAGGAGAAAUAAUGCCCAUUAGUCUACGUCAAUUUACAGAAAGUUUUAAGGCUCAGCUCUUAAACAUGAUUUGGACAGACUCGGCCAUUUUGGGACCAAUGCUUAUAGGAGUCUACAUCGAGCUCACUAAACUUGGCUUUCUCAAUGAAGAGACGGAGGUUCGCCAAAUUUGCCUGUACGGAUUCUACCUCAUUGAGACCUCAGCUCUGUCCCCCCCUCUGGCCUCUCUCUUGCACGAGUAUUGCAAUUAUGUGACAACACUCUGUGAUAUCGCCGCUGAGUCAAACAUGGAAAAAUACUCUCAUUUUCUCUCUACCCACGAAUCGCUGUUUUUUGGUGAUGGUGAAGAUCAGCUCGAUGUACUAACUUGUCUAAAAUUUAAACACUUGGCCGAAUUGUUCGCAGCUUCUUACAAACACUACUGCAAAAUUGAGAGGCCGAAGUUUACUGUCGACUCUAUGAAAUUGUCCCUUCGAACAAUGCUUGAGCGUCUCUUGAACAGUAUGUACGCACAACCGGUAUUUCAUGGCAAAUGGCUUCAAUUUUUGAAAUACAUUCUCCUCGAUAUCUCAUUGGUACAAUUCUCUGAGAAGAAUGAGACCAUAUCCGGAAGUGACGAAUUGGAAGAGACUGAACUCAAAGACUUAUUGGCGUUGUCAUCCAAAGACUUGCGAUAUUCUGCUAUGAGUAUAUUCUCGGGCAUGCUAUUGAGAAUCUUGACGAGCACUGCUCCAAAAAAGGCAAUUGGGGAAAAAAAUAUUGAUGAGCUUGAUGUAGCCCUUCCGAUUCUCGUUGGAUUCAUUCCCAGGAUUGAAAAGUUCCUGAAUUCCUCUGAGAGUCUAUACGCCGUUUUCUUAAACAUUUGGAACUCUCUACUAGUCACCUUGCCAACAUCUAUUAUGAAGUUGUUUUCUCUUCAUACGUCCAUCGACAUGUACAACAGUAUUCACGCAAACAUAAUGUCCUAUUUCAUUGAGAUGGAUAGUCAGGAUGAGGAAAUGAAAUCGUCCUUUGAAACAUACUUCUCUAUCAUGUCGCGGAGCCAUGAUGGCAGAGGAUCGAUAGACCUGGCAACUCUGGCAGAAAGACUCCUGACCACAAACAUCACAAUUAGAUUCGAAGACCUAGUAGCGACUUUGGUUGCAGAGGUGACAGAUGCAAUACUAAAUGAGGAAAUAAUAGUUGCCAGUGCACCUGAGGAUGUAGAUGACAAUGAUGAGCUAUCUAAGGAGCAGCUUCUUCUAAUGUCAUGUCUCCUCAAGGUCCUGGAGGCACUGAACAAACUAGCUCAAAUUGCGAAAUCGACAAACAUCAACCGAUUCAUUACUGAGCCAAUUUUGGAAUCACCCAACAGUCUCAUGGAGAUUGUGCAAGUUAAAUUACUUUCGAAGAUCGACAUGUCUGGUAUGAUUCUAAGACUUCCAUAUACUUGUGCAAGGCAGGCUAUUGGCAUCUCAGAAUCCUGGAAGUCUCUUGUACAUUUACUCCUGUUAACCUUUUGCUGGAGUUUAGAGGAUUUGACUUAUGCCAGCGGUGACAACACUGCGUCUAUUGACAUAAACGUAUUCAUGGCAGAUUACACUCAAGUCAUACCGAGUCUAUGCAAAAUACUUGUUUCAAUCCAAAACUCUAUGAAACAAUUGAAUGAUUCGCUUCCAGGCAAUGACCAGCAGAUUCGCGAAUACAUAGGCGCUCUCAUGAGGCUCAGUUCCUUUUUCGCAGCAGAUGUAUGUGACUUACUCGUAGCGGUAAGAACUUUCUAUUCGAGGUUCAAAGGGGCAGAUAAUUUCAAGAAUUUUGAGCAGUUUUUUGAAUCUCUGAGUUCUUUGCUGAGUCUAGUCAUAGACGUACUUCCACGUGAAUUGCAAGCAGCUUUGCUAAACAUAUUUUUGGUGAAGGAAACAUCCUGCGCUACAAUACUGGAAGUAACUUUGGAGCGUGCGGCCGAGGAAGAUGUCAAUAUAGGCGAUUUCGUGAUUGAUAUCCAAUCACAUGAAAAGUCAAUGGAGGAAGUUCAGCCCAGUGAAGAAUCUGAGAUUGUGCAAGAAUCUGACAUUGAGACUGCAGCUGAUAGAAUUCUUGCCAAAGCUACGGAGAAGAAAUGGAUUUCUGAGAAAGAACUCUGUGUCUACGCACUAAAAUUGAUUCUUUUGGAAAAGACAGGCGCACUUUCACAGACCGUAUCCGAAAGAUUGCGCCUCAACCAACGUCGUUUUGGAAGUUUAUACCCUGAAGUCUUGAGACUGGGCACAAUGCCUGAAGUUCCUGCUUCUGCAUCUAACGAAGACCCAACCGAAUCGUGA